CCUCCCGAAAGGCGACGAGUCCCUAGUCCGUCCACCAAACUGCUCGCUUCUCCUAAUUUCUUGCCAAAACACAUCUCCAUCCUAACGCCUCAUUCAUUCGAAUUUCAUCUCUCUCUCUUCAUAUCAUCCAGGUCGUCUCUGUUGCAUGCCUCGUUCGCUUGCAAUCAUCGCCGUCCUUCCAUCCUUACACGUCGUCCUAUCGACCUGUCUAUCCUUGAUCAUGUUUCCCUGAACGACCUCAAACGCAGCUGUCCAAAAUUUCCCACGUCUGUCCCUGCCUAUUCCAAGUCCACUCGACUCAUUGAUCUUUUCACGUCGGCCUCAUCUCGGCGCACCUCUGUUCACCACGCUUGAAUGACACCAUUAGACCCUCGAAUCAACAUUCAGAACCAGCUUUUAUGAUCGUAUUUGACUGCUGAGUCCUUUGCGACAAUCUAGCUCAUAAUUGAUCCGCAUCUCUCGCAACUCCCUUUCUAUCCUCACGGCCUCACACCAAGUGCCUAAUAACAAAACCAAAAUACGACACAACACCAUCUUCUGAAGGAGGAGAAAAAUUCCAUCUUCAGAGCCCCUGCGAUAUCACGAUAAGAACGAUCACCGUUCGUUGCAACACCGAGAAGUAGAAUUAAGAAAAAAAUUGCACGGAUACCAUGGCAACGUUUUCGAAUGCUUCCGAGCCAUUUUACGAUGGGCUGACAGACUCUUCUCCGCGAGCGUUUCGCAAUCCUCCCUUGAACCGACAGAUGGGAAGAAAUGAAGGAUAUGGAGGUGCCAAUCAGCCAAUGUUCGGCAAUGAGGGUCCUCUCCCAUCCAUGCGCUUUGAUAACAUGAGAGACAAUUUUGGCGCGCCGAUGCCAAACCCAGGCGCAGGAAACGUACACUUCCCCUAUGAUGCAGGCGCGGCCCAGACUUGGAAUUCCACUGCCCCUUCGAACAUGCAAUCUUUCGGCAACGGCAUGGGGACUAUGCCUCAAAACCCGACCUACGGGCCAUCUCGAGGCGUAAAGCCCAGUCGAGGCCGUGCCGCCAUCUCCAAUUUAUGGUUCCAAGAACAACCUGGUCCAAUGCAACAGUCCCAACAACAUCCUUCUCUUGUUGGCCCUCGAGCUGGGCCUCAAGGGCGUAACGAUCCCAACGAAGACGACGAUGAAUUGAUCCCGACAGCCAUAGUAAUCAAAAACAUUCCAUUUGCUGUCAAGAAAGAGCAACUCGUUCAGCUUAUGGUCGACAUGAACCUGCCUUUGCCGUACGCGUUCAACUACCAUUUCGAUAAUGGCGUGUUCCGAGGAUUGGCCUUUGCGAAUUUUACUUCGCCCCAGGAGACCGAACAGGUUAUACAAGCGCUGAACCAUAUGGACCUGAGUGGACGCAAGCUACGAGUCGAGUAUAAAAAGAUGCUUCCAUUGGCCGAGCGAGAACGCAUCGAAAGAGAGAAGCGUGAGCGCCGCGGCCAACUGGAAGAACAACAUCGGCCGGUGCCUCAGUCACAGCUUCACAAUCAACUCUCGUUAUCGUCGAUCCCGAGGAACACUCCAUCACCCCUAUCUCAUCGCGGCGGCAACAAGCCUGGUACGUCUGCCAUACCUGGAUCGCCCGGGAAUGGCCUAACCUAUACAACAGAUAUCGACAUGAAUGAUCCCAAAACCUUGGAAUUCUACACGGAAAUGACCCUUUUCAAGAGAGAUGUUAGCCGCGAAGUGCUCAUAUUUCCUCCCACCCUGGACCCUGCCUCCCGUCGAAUUGUUCAUACGCUUGCACACCACAUGGGUCUGAUGCAUACCUCUCGUGGAAGUGGCGAUCAACGCCAAGUGCACAUUCAUAGAGCCGCCCCGGGGACCAACGUUAGCCCACCACUUCCCGGACCUUUCGGCGGUAAUGAUGGCCUGAGGCAAACUCUCGGUCGCUCCUCCACCGCCGACUUCGCCGAGAGCAGACAGUAUGAAGGCCCCGUCUUCAAUACUCUACGCGGUCAGUCGUCCGUCGGACUUUUGGAUGUCGACUCAAACGCCUUCAACAGAGUUGCUGAUAACAAUCUUCGCAAUGCAAAGUCGUUCGCAGACCUGCGCUCCUGGAGUCCAUCACCAGUUCCUUCCUCUGCCAGCUUCCCAGCUGCUCUGCAGACCAAUGGGGCACGUCUUCAAGGCUUGAACGACACCGCCGGCUCUAAUACACCCACGUUGCCUGUGAACGCUACUGCCUCUAACCCAGGCCCCAACAGAGACGAACCUUUCUUGAUAUCCGCGUUCAACAACAUGUCAGUUAGUAGUGGAGGAAACCAGACCAGUCCUAGACGUCAACGAAGCUUCUUCGGCAAUGGACCCGAAUGGAGCGACAACCAGAAUUAUCAAGGCGCAGGCCCUAUUGGCAGUAAACGAACCGUCAGUAUCGGACCAGAGCCAACUCCGCAAACCUCCAACCCAAUGCGCCAGUCACGAGGACCCAGUGCCAACAACACCAUCGGAUUUCGCCGCCAAAAUGGACGUGGCAGUGACGAAAUGAGAGCGGCCGCUUCAGCGAUCGCCGAAUGAACAAGACAUAUCCCCAAUAUACCCCCUAUGAUGAUGCUCGUAACUGAGCGAAUGACGAGUCAAUGAUCCACGAAUGACACGACCAUCCUCCAACCUAAAACACAAAAGUUAGACGCAUAGGGCAGCCUUGCACGACUGCAUGAUUGGACUACAGAAAAAGAUUGUUGUAACGACUUGACAGGCUUCAUGGUGCGGCAAUACAGCAUUAUAUUUCAUGAGAACGCCGAGAAGACUGAUUGAUUGACUUGUAUACUUUUUCCAUUUGUGGGAUCUUGAGGUGGUCAGGUGAUGCAUGUCUAGGCGUUGAUUAUCGAGGAUCACUUGGAGCAAGAGACGGCAUGGCUUGCCUGUUGUAUGCCGGGUUAGAUACGAUGGAGCUAGCCUCCCUUAUCUUGCUCGAUUGGUGUGUGGUUACUGAGAUUGAUGUAUAAGUUACACUCGUUUUAAUUAGCUUAGCAGAAACCCGAGGGCUUCUGCACGUAAUACCGAAUGCUGCGUUAUUUAAAAA